AUGCAAUCAUUCGGGACCGCCCCCUCUAUCAACCCCGUUAAUCAAGACGACAAGAACUCCAUCCCCAUCAGACCCGCGGAAGAAGGCAAGAGGAGGUGGAUAUUGAACGCCUUUGAUAUGAGCUGUGCAGGGCAUCAGAGCCCCGGGUUGUGGAAGCAUGAGAGGGAUUGGAGUGCGAGGUAUCAUGAUAUCGAGUAUUGGACGACCGUCGCCAAGGUCCUGGAGAAGGGGAAAUUCAACGGGUUGUUUGUGGCCGAUACCCUCGGCGCCUAUGACGUCUAUGGGAGCAGUAUCGACGCAGCCGCUCGGACGGGCGCACAGUGGGGAGUGGACGAUCCGACGUUGAUGGUCUCUGCGGCGGCGGCGGUGACCAAGCAUCUGACGUUUGGGAUCACCCAUAGUGUGACUUAUGACGCUCCUUAUGUCCUAGCGAGGCGUUUCUCCACCCUGGAUCACCUCACAAAGGGAAGGAUCGCAUUCAAUAUCGUCACUUCGUACCUCGACUCGGCAGCUAGGAAUUUCGGCCUGAAACAUCAGAUGGAACACGACGAGAGGUAUCGUCGGGCCGAGGAGUACAUGAACGUUCUCUACAAGCUGUGGGAGAGCUCGUGGAGGGACGAUGCGGUCGUACUCGAUGUGGCUACCGAUACGUAUGCCGAACCGAGUAGGAUUCGCAAGAUCCAUCACCAUGGCGAGUUUUUCGACGUCGAAGGGCCGAGCUUUGUCGAGCCGAGUCCUCAGAAGACGCCCUUGCUAUACCAGGCGGGUAGUAGUUCGGCGGGGAUCAAAUUUGGAGCGAGACAUGCCGAGGCCGUGUUCAUGAGCGGUCCCAGCGUCAAGAAGAUUCGUCAACAGGUCGACGCUUUGCGAUUGGCGGUCAAGCAGCAGGGACGUGAUCCGUUCUCGGUCAAGGUGCUCGUCAAGCUUACCGUCAUCGUCGACGAGACCGAGGACAAGGCCAAGGCGAAACGUGACGAAUACCACGCGCUGGCGAGUCGAGAGGGCGCCAAGGUCUUGUUCGGAGGCUGGAUUGGAGGAGAUCUUUCCGUCUACAGCGACUCGCAAGACCUGCGUGUGCAUGGCACACCCGCUGUCGCCGGCGUGGCGCGUGGCUAUGCUGCACUGUACCCUCAAGUCAAGCUCUGGAACGCGGACACUUUGGCGGAUCACUUCAAGCUGGGCGGGAUGGGACCAGUUGUAGUCGGCACUCCGGUACAGGUUGCGGAUGAGUUGCAAAGCUGGAUCGACGGAGCCGAUAUCGACGGGUUCAACCUAUGCUACGCGAUUACACCAGGCACAUUCGAGGAUAUCGUCGAACACCUCGUACCCGAGCUACAACGCCGAGGCGUCCACUGGUUGGACUAUCCCGAGCCGUCCAAUGGCAAGCACCUGACGGCGAGAGAAGGAAUAUACGGUGUCGGUCAGACGAGGUUGCCAGAUGAUCACUACGGAAGUGCAUUCAAGUGGAACGUCGGAGAAGAGAAUGGUCCGGAGCUCGAGACGGGCGGUGGCGUGGCGAACAAGGCCGUGUCAACGAGCCAGACGAACGGUACUUCUCGCAAGCGCCCUGUAGCGAAUGGUGAAGUAGAUGCCGCGGUUGCCAAGAGGGUCAAGGUGGUUGCGUGA